UCUUCCCUGGAUACUUUAACUAAUUGCUUUGCCAUUAGAGAUUGUGCUUGAACAUACCAACAUACACAUAUUUCCCUUGUGAUAGAUGUUUAUAGUUGAUUAUGAACUUAUGAAAUAAAGCCUGUGCCAAUGAUGCAUUUUUCAUGACUCUUCUCAUUCUGUUCUUCUUUAUUCGUCAUAGCAACGUGUUAUCACUUUCACUUUUCAUCACAUCAAGGAUUGGCAGCGAAACAAACAAAUAUUCACUGAGUGUUAGCCUUGUCGCCGAGAGCUUAUGCGCACAACAUGAUACAAAGAGGUUGAUUAUGUUGGCGUUGCCUAUCACACGCAAGAAUUCUUUAACACGUACACAUACUCUGAUGAAUUCUUAGUCCUCACCAUAUACUCCGCCAGCCACAACCAUGGACUACAUCAUCGAUCCGGAAGGAGAUAUGCUCCUGAUCGUGGAGGAAUGCUCUGGGAACCUUCAUCUAGAUCUGGUUCAAAAGGAAGCUUCCACCCCCGAAACUCUCCCUCUAGAGUCUAGUUCGGAUGUGCAGGCAAUUGAUGAGCCGGUUCUGGGCCCAACUCAGUCCCAGUCUGAGCUCACUUUAGAUCACGCUUCCUCCGCUGGUAACAGUCGUCAGGCUGCCGCCCUGGCUAAAUCAGUGAUGCUCAAGAUUCGUGUCUCUUCCAAACAUCUGACCCUUGCUUCAUCGUAUUUUCGCCAGAGGCUCGUCCCAGAGACAGUCGAUCAUAGACCAGUCGAAAAAGACGUGGUCCCAGCAUGCGUUGAAGAUGUCGAUGCUUUGCUCAUCAUGCUCGACGUCAUUCAUGGUCAAACUAGGAAAGUGCAGCGUUUUAUUACCUUCAAGCAGUUGUUCAUGGUUGCGGUGCUCGUGGAGCACUAUGAAUGCGUAGAAGCAAUGGAACCGUUUGCUCAGAUGUGGACUGAGAAUCUCAAAGCCGAUAUCCCUUCAGUGUAUUCAGAGGAAUUGGUUAAGUGGAUCGGUGUCGCUUGGAUCUUCCAACUGGAGGGUUUGUUCAAAAAGACUACUCGUACUGCCAUCCGACGAUGCACCGGGCCAAUCUCCGCCGUGGACGUUCCAAUUCCGCUUGCGUUAAUUGAAGAAAUUGAGUAUUCCCGGCAGAGCACCAUCGACGACAUAGUCGACCGUCUUUUCAGGCGAAUCAACUGGGAGCUCAUGCCUGACACCAACCUCUAUUGCUGCAACGACUGCGACGCAAUGGUACUCGGAACUCUCGUGCGCCAGCUGAAGGUUCAUGAGCUCUACCCUCUGCCAUUGCCUCCUUUCCGAGGGCUCAGUAUAGAUUUUAUGGUGCAAACAUUGACCACACUGCCCGAGCCCCGUUGCCAUGAGCUGGUCCAUCCAAUCUGCAGCAAGCUGUCCAAGUGUCACCUUAUGCCGAAGGCGAAGGACUUGGUGGAGAAAGUGGACAGACAGGUACAGGGUCUCUUGCUCAGAAACGCCCACUUCUGACCGGCAUACAGCCAGCGCACGACUUGAGAUUCAUUCUAUCUGUAGGUCGUCGAGGCAGGAUAAACGUACGAGAGGAAUACUUCUGGUGAUUGAUUGAUAGCGAAAGGAUUGGGAUUUGGUCUGCGAAGCCGACAUAUCUAUCAUAAGGAAUUUGGGAUGCGGUGGAUCUUCAAGAUCGAUUUGGAGUGACUGACUUAUGAUAGUUCACCUUGUUGCAUAGCCGGAUUGUAUCUCUUAUUAAGCUAGUUGGUCGGCGACAGGCAAUGCAGUAUUGUAAACAGUGCAGUCAUCCAUUUCGACCCGCCUAUGGCACGGUUGAUUUAAAUGGCCAAGACGGCUGGGCGUCAACGCCACCCAGCUGAGCUUGAAAUACUCCGGAUGCAAUAAUCAUGACAUUAGCCUAUAGGAGAAAAUUGACAAGGUACAACACGGAGGAUAGUUAUCGCUCAUAGGCGGAAUCAAUUCCUCAGCGAAUUCGGAGCCCUUGGAUGCCUCCUUUUCCAGUCUCCGU